AUGUGGGCCUCAUCCAACCUCGGCGCCGACGCCUUCCUGCUUGUCUACGACAUCACCUCUCGUGACUCCCUCGACGCCCUGCAGUACUUCAACGACCUGAUCGACAUGGAGGCUGAGACCCGCCUCGACAAUGCAGACCGCGCAAAACGCGCCGGCAUCUCUCCAGCGUCAUACCGCGACACUGUUGCCGCCGGCCCGGGCGCUAAGACCGUCCCGCCCGUCAAGAUCGUCGCCGGCAACAAGUGCGACCUGCAGGAGUCGCGCGCCGUGCCUGCCACCAUGGGCCUCGACUGGGCACGUCGAAGGGGCUGCGGGUUCAUGGAGACCAGCGCACGUUUAGAGGUCAAUAUCGAGGAGACAUUCGCACUCAUUAUCCGGCGCGUAGCUGAGGCGAGGAGGCUGGCUGAGAUGGGCGUCAACGAAAACAUGGAGAUGGACCGCCGCGGCAUGACGAAGCCGCUCAGCCCCUUGCCACCAAGCGGCUUGGACGAAAAGCGCGGCGCAGGUGUGCGACCACCGAAGUUAGAAGGCGGCAAGUACAAGAAGCCUUCGGUAUGGAAAAAGCUCCGGUGCUGGUGA